CAGGCUCCGAGAAUUUGGUGACAUUUGACGGUCAACUAAGUUACCACAGCGCGUUCAUCAAUCUUGCAAGAUUGUGUCGGUAAGCUGCUGCAUUGCAAAACCCCCAGGGCGUAUCAUGCAAGCCGUGGCUUCUGGAAAAUGGCUCCGUCCCAGACGACGCUGCCGGACCAUGAGCCUUUGAAAUUCUCACCCCGCGCUGUCACCCGGCUCGACGAGGAGGAUGAAGACUGGCAAAAGACUAUACGUCCUGUCGCCCAUUCUCGCGAGUCGUCCAUCGAGAAGCUCCAACGACCCGACCUCGCCGGGCAGCUCCCACAAGUCCGGACCCAUGCGCCCCCUUCGCGCAGCGCCAUCGGCGGCGUGAUGGAGCGAGCCGUCGAUCCCAAAGCGUCUUCGUACGGCCAUCACAGGCAGACAUCCAUCGUACAUGGCAUAGGGAUUCACCACUCGAGGAAUGGGAGCUUUGCCAGCUCGACGUCCAGUCCCCUUAGCCCACAAAUGAUCGCUGCAGCAGCGGGCCUCACUCCCGACAGGGCUGAGAUGCAUGGCUUUCCGAGGCUGGACGGUGAUGGCACGCUGGCUCCGCGGCCAGGCACUGCUCUCUCCGGGACAACUCUCGCUUCGAUGCCCAAUGUCCCUGAAAGAAGCUCAUCGGCCGCUGCAGGCGAUGCUUCCGGCCAGGCCGCUGCUCGAGGAAAGCUGGAGAGGAGGCAAAGCAGCAAGACGCGGCGCGACCAUGCUCACCACCCUUCGCAUUCGUCACGCCAUCACAGGGACGACCAGAAGACGGUUGGCGAGUAUGCUCUCCAUGUCCUGUUUACUUCCUUCAUCGCCCAAGCCGAGGAGAAGCUCAACGAGUGCAUAACCGUUCCCUUUGAUCCGGAACCUCAGGUUGAACAGAUCUGCGGCCCUGGAGUCGACCGUGCCUUUGACCAGCUCAUCGUGGCCCUAGGACACAUCGCCAAGCAAAAGCCCAAGCCGCUAAUUGACGCCGUGAUGCUGUGGAGGAAAAGCAAGAGCGAUGCCGCCAAUGAAGCCCGUACCCAGCUCCAACAGUCGCGCAUCUACCCUCCUCCCCCAGGACCGCUGCAAAGGCGUAAUACGGAACCGGUCCAGUCUACUGCUCCCGGCACAGCUCCUGAGGGCCCUCCUGGUGCGCACAUGUCACUAGCAGCGAAGCAGGAGUAUGUUGCCCAGGCCGAGCGCCGUUCCACCGUCUCUAUAUACAUUCUCUGCCGCGUUCUCCUCGAGGUCAUAUCGCAAAGCACGCUGGCUUCCAUCACGGUAGGAAUGGAGGACAAAUUGGAAAACAUUAUUUUCGGGCAGCUCAAGAUCUCCGAGACGGAACAGCUGAUGGCGUCACCCCUCAAAUUAUCCAACUGGAAUCUCUUUGCGCAGCUCAUGGGCGCCAUGAGCGAAAUUAGCUUCACCACAGUGACUGACCGCUUCCUCGCCGACCUGGACCGUUCCUUACAGGAGCUGGCUGCCAAGAGCCCAACGUCGGCGUCUCGGGAUAUCGAGAACAAGAUAGAGCUCGUGUUGGGCGGCAUGAAGCAUCUCCGGCUGAAAACAGCUCCAGAGGAAGCAUGGGAGCGCUCGUGUACUUUCAUGGCAUCUCUCGGGAAGCUCUUCAGCCGGUCCCAUGGUCACAAGGUAAAAUCGGCCUUCUGUCAGGUCCUCGAUAUGCUCCUGCUUCCAAUAGCUGCCAAAGCUACCAACAGUGACAUAGCGCACCCAAGAUGGAACGAAGUACUGGCCAUGAUCGGGCCCCGCCUGGCCCAGAUGUUUGUCAAGCCGCGCCACUGGCAGUACACUUUUCCGCUGACGGCCACAAUGCUCUGCAUCUCGCCUCCCGACACAUUUGUCAGCCAGUGGUUGCAGUUGAUCUACCCUAUUCAGCCGCGUCUCAAGGACCGCUACACGAGGCCGCUAUGCUUGCAGGUCAUAUCCAGGCUGGUAUGGACCUACCUCUAUCGCACCAACGAUAGCUCCUCCGGCAUGACCAAGAAGCUCGACGACGUCUUGAAGAUAGUUCUGCCCAGCGCCAAAAGAACCUUUAGUGCCACGGAUACUCUGGUUAUCGAUCCCCUCAUUCAGAUCAUCCGGUUUGUUGGGUACAAACAUCCGGAAUACUGCUUCCGGACCGUCGUUUUCCCUCUGAUCAAUGCCGAUCUCUUCACCUCCAACAAGGAAUUGAAGAUUGAGCAGCUCGACCCGGACAGGAUGGUCGUGGGUGUUCGAGCUUUCCUGACCAUCAUGUCGGAUCUAGAAAAGGGCGACAAGGGCAGACCCCCUUUUCCGCAGUCCUACGCACCUUCCUCUCCUCCUGAACGGGCACCCCCUACCUCGCCCGUUCUGGGUUCACCGCGCGGUGCCCCGUCCGUCAGCCGGGCUGCCUUUUCGUCCGGCGGCGAAAGACUUUCCAGGCCGGUAAUGGUCUCCAAGCUCAGCGACAGCGUGCGGGACUAUUAUGCAAGAUUUUGUGAGAUACUUGGAAAGAUCACCAUCAUCUGCGACAACACAUUUGGUGGUCAGGCGGCGCUGGACGAGAAAUUUGAAAAGUUUGACAAAAUGGACAAGUAUAGCAGCCCGGGACCUAAGACGCCCAUCGCCGAGACUUUCAAUUUCUCCCGCAGAGACGACCACCCUAGUCCCCAAGAACAAAAGCAAGCUUUCUAUGAAUUGCUUCAUGUAGCCGUACAAGCACUGCCGCGGUGCCUCUCACCGGACAUACCGUUCAAUACCCUAAUUAACCUCCUUUGCACGGGAACGGCGCACGUUCAGGGCAAUAUUGCAGAGUCGUCGGCGCAGUCGCUGAAAGCAAUCGCCCGCCAGUCUCACGCUCAUCAAGUUACUAUGGGUUUUGCACGCUUCAUAUUCAACUUCGAUGACCGUUACUCCACCAUGUCAGACGGAGGCAUGCUGGGGCCAGGGCAUAUUGAGAAGACGCUUAUGCUGUACAUCGAGCUCCUCCAUAUUUGGAUCGACGAGAUCAAGGAGAAAACCAAGACUGCCACCGAAGACAGUAGCGAGGCUGGCGGCCCGGACAAGAGAGGAAUCAAACUUGAUCUGUCUAGCGUCUGGGCAGAAGUUGACCAAGUGGAGGCGCACGGGCUGUUCUUUCUUUGCUCUCAGUCUCGGCGCGUCCGGUACUACGCUGUCAACGUACUCCGGCUGAUCACCGAGUUUGACGCGGUCCUGAGGAAACCGAGUGGUCGCGAGAAGGAUACCACCAGGCUCAUUGACAUCCUCGAGAAUGACUCAACGCAGGUCAUGAGUUUCAACGAUGAGCAGCUCUCUGUAGCCGAACGCAGCAGGCUGCAGCGCGGAAUGCAAGACACCAACAACCGGGGUACUUUGAUUGAACUUUGUGCUAGCGAUGUGUCAUACGACACGACGCUGUGGUUCAAGAUCUUCCCUAAUUUCAUCCGCAUCGCGUUCGACAAGUGCCCGUUCGCCAUCAGUCUUAGCCGUGACUUGGUCUGCGAGCGGAUCCUUCAGCUAUACAAAGUCAUCACGGUGCUCUCGGAACCGCCUCGGGAGAUGCGAGGGCAGUACUACUAUGCAGACACCGGCAGCGCUCGGCUGACAGGCAAGACCCCGACAACUCAACCCGAGGUGGUCAUAGAGCAGUGGAAGCUGUACCUCGUGUUUGCUUGCACAACCCUCGCUGAUCCCGGAACCGGCCAGGCAAUUGGAGCCCAAAACGGUCAGCACGGUAGAAAAGUAUCCAAGCCCUCGUCAGCCGCCGAGAAGAUUGGAUCAGCAAGGACACUCUUCAAGUACCUGAACCCUAUGCUCUCCGUCUCUUCUGCGCCUAUUCGGGAGGCUGUAGUCAUCGCCAUGGGCUCCAUAAACAUUCACAUAUACCGUACACUCCUUGAGGAGCUUCAGGGACAUGUCUCCCGCUGUAAUGACGACGCCCGCCAACGCAUCCACCAGCGUACCAACAGUAGCCCGCGCCGGAAUCGCAAGAUGGACAUUCUGCGAACCGAGAUUACCCACGUGUAUAAGCUAACAUCGCACUUCCUGAGAGUGCCUCAAGUAUACCAGGACGAUUGGAUUCUGAAUAACCUCGUGACGUACACAAAGGACCUGAAGCUCUUCUUAAUGGACCACGAGGUGCAGAUGGACUGGGAAUUCCAGAAGCUGAGACGUCAUUACUGCGGACUCAUGGAGGAGCUCUUUGAAGGCAUCAACAGAACAAAAGAUCCGGCUCGCUGGAUGACGUUUGAGGCGCGGAAAUCGGCCUUUGCUUUGAUGGAGGACUGGUGUGGCUUCUCCCCCAAUCAGCCCCAGAUUCGGCAGAGAGAAGACAACAUGAGGCAGUCUGUUAUUGACCAGAAAGCUGCCGGCGAACGCGGAACUUUGACAGCGGCAAUGGAGAUUGAGAAGAGGAACUUGCGGACGGCGGCCCUCAGCGCCAUGGCUGCGCUAUGUGGCGGGCCCAUCAGUGUCACCACAGAGAGCGGCGUGUCCCUGCAAUUCGAUGUCCGGCGGAUGUUGGCGUGGAUCGAGGACAUAUUCAAUUCGGGCAGUGACCGUAUGAACGUCAUCGGCAGGAGAGCUCUCAAAAAUCUGAUCGUGCACAACCAGGAGUACCCCUAUCUCCUCGAGUACUGCAUCUCGAGGUGCUAUUUGGCCGAGGCCCCCAAGGUGCUUGACAGUUACUUUACCGUGGUGGCUGAGGUGCUCUUGGAGCAUCCUGGGUACUCCUGCCCCUUCUGGAAGCUCCUUGGCCUUUGCCUCUUCAUGCUGGGCAAUGACCAGAGCGCCGUCCGGUCCAGGGCGUCGCAUCUCCUGAGAGCGCUUGAGGAGCGGCAGUCGCAGUCGCGGAGCUCCAAGAUCCAGGAUUUUGAUAUUAGCAUCUCGGAUAAGACCAAGGCUGUUUACAAGCUCGCCCAGUUUGAAAUCUCCAAGAGACUGGCAAAGCAGCAUACGGAGCUGGCCUUCCAUAUCUUCUCCGAAUUUACCUCAUAUUUCAAAGAGCAGCAGGGUGUUGCACAACGGAAUGUAAUUGCCGUCAUUCUCCCCUGGAUCCAAGCGGUUGAGCUCAAGGUGGACCCGAAUGGAGGGCCGAUUGCACAAUCGUACGUGCUACUAGCAAACCUUCUCGAAAUCACCAUAAAGUCCAGCGCCGCAUUGCACAAUGAGGUGCAGGCCCUCUGGCAGGCGCUGGCGACUGGGCCGCAUCCGGGAAAUGUGCGCCUCAUCUUGGAUUUCAUCAUGUCCCUCUGCUUGGAACGGAGAGAACAGAAUUUUGUCGAGUACGCCAAGCAGAUCGUCGUUUUCCUCGCCAGCACGAACAGCAUGCCGGGCAAUAAGGUGGUUGAGUUCCUAUUGCUCCAAAUCACUCCUAAAGCCAUGGUGCCCAAUGAGAAGCGGGACGCCGUGCCGCCUCCCCCGGACAUCAACACAUUGCCCUACUGCGCAGACCUUUCAGAAGCUCUCCCGGUCGGAACCAAACAAGCCGGUUUCUCUCUCGGCCAGCUUUCGCUCAUCUUGCUCGUAGACCUCAUGGUUGCGCCGGUCAGCCUCGUCGCUGACAACGUCCCCGUCCUACUACAGGUGGUUACCGUUUUGUGGGACCAUUAUACGCCUCUUGUUCAAGAGCAAGCUCGUGAGAUGCUGGUUCACCUAAUACACGAGCUCGUGAUCUCGAGAUUGGACGACAGCACGCCGGAAGCCACAAGGAAAUCUAUCGAGAGCUUGAUCGAUUCCAUCCGCCGCCACGACCGGUCGGUGGUCUGGGGCUACGAGGACAGCAAUGCAAAGGUCGAUGGCCACGACAGCAAGGUGCCUCCCAGCAUGGAGUACCUGACUGCUGAGGUUGUCAAGACUUUCGAGCUUACCUAUCCCGGCAUAAAAGACAAAUGGGGCAGACUCUCACUUACCUGGGCUACAUCGUGCCCUGUCAGGCACCUUGCUUGCCGGUCGUUCCAGAUCUUCAGGUGUAUCCUGACAUCGCUUGAUCAGUACAUGCUUGGGGACAUGCUCGCACGACUCUCUAAUACAAUUGCGGAAGAAGACGCCGAGAUUCAGACAUUUUCUAUGGAGAUACUCACGACUCUGAGAACCCUGAUCCUGAAGCUCGAUGCCGAUAAGCUACUGGCGCUUCCUCAGCUUUUCUGGACUACGUGCGCUUGCCUCGAAUCGAUCAAUGAGUGCGAAUUUCUCGAGGCAGUCGAGAUGCUCAACGAGUUCCUGAACAAGCUCGACUUCCAAUCGCCCACUGUGCGGCGGCUGCUCUACGACGGCCAACCAUCCAAGUGGGACGGGCCGUUUGAGGGUUUGCAGCCGCUGCUGUACAAAGGCCUGCGGUCGUCGACGUGUCUGGACUUGACCUUGAACACGCUGGAUAGACUUAUACGGCUUCCUAGCGAUGCCCUGGUUGGCGAUGACAGCCGUUUGUUCUUCACCACAAUUGCCAACCUCCCCCGCUUCUUGCACGCCAUUGACCAAGAAACGCUUGACAACGGCGUGGUGCAAACGGCCGAGACACUCAUGGCGCUUGCAGACGAGCAGGGAUUGACGGGCAUGGCAAUGGUCCUAGACAGCUUUCUCGCAUUCAAGUAUUCAUCUGGGACCGAAUUUGCUGCACAGAUGUUCGGGGCGCUUCGGGAGCGCUUCCUGCCUGCCUUGGAAUUCCGCAUGCUCACCAUGCUGAUGGGCUUCUUGACGAAUGGAACGUCGUGGAUGAAGAUUGAGACGAUGCGUAUCCUAGGCGUCGUCAUACCAGAGAUCGAUAUGAAAAAGCCCGAGAUUGCCAGCCACGGGUCCGACAUGAUUUCGCCUCUGCUGCGACUGCUUCAAACGGAUUACUGCAUGGAGGCGCUGCAAGUGCUGGACAACAUCAUGACCAUGUCCGGGUCUUCGAUGGAUAAGCACCAUCUCCGCAUGAGCAUGACGCGCCCGACGUCGAAGGCGGUCCGCAAAGAGUAUGAGCGCACACAAAGCCUGUUUGGCAUUCCAGAAGCAUCGGGAUGGGCGAUCCCGAUGCCCGCUCGCAAGACAGAAUCGACGCGUGCCAAUAUCCAUGCAGCCUUCUACAUGUGCCAAAGCGACGAAGGUGUCGUUCCGCAGGCGACGCCAACGCCCGAAGUCGAGUUCCACACGGACGAGUUCCCGUACGGCUAUUUCCCGGGUUCGGACCGGGCCGACACAAUGAUGUCGGACGACGGGCGGGGCGAUGCACCCAUGGGAGACCUCUUCUCCAAGCUGGACAGCCUGGACGAUUUCUUCGACGACCUGUCAACAAGCCCGCCGAGCGAUGGCCGGUCCUCGCGGACCAUCACCGAGUUCUCACCGGACACAUUCGAGUCCGGGGCUGAACUGUACGACGAGCAGAUCCUCCCUAUCCUCCACCAGGCUUCCAACAACAACAAUAUCAUGUCAUUCCAGAACGGCUUCGCGGACAGACCUACCUUUAUGCCACGGGAGGGAGUCGUGGCGUCCAACACGAUGAACCCGGGCGCCUUCAACAUCGGUGGGCUAAGCCCAGCAGCAAGCGCCAUAACCCCGCCGAACCGGCCCUCGCUCCAUUCGAGAUCGGUAACAUCCCCAUCGGCGCCUGCGUCGUACGCCAUGGCUGGCGACCUUACCUCGGACGACGAGUUUGCGGAGGACGUCUUUUCGGAUGGGGACGACGAGCGGCCCAACACGGCCAACGGCGAGGGCGGGUCUUUUUUCCUCGAGAGUAUGGUGCGCCCCCUGGCAUCGAGAUCGAGGAUACGCAGGAUGACGAGCGGCCUGUCGCGCGACGGCGGGGUUCCGUCUCAGCAACAACAACAACAACAGGGUGGUUUGUCGGUCCCGGUAUCGCCGCCUUUGCAGUCGCAGGCUCCGGCGAUGCCCAAGACACCGAGCGGGUUCUUGGUGCUCGGCCAUGCAGGCCAGGGACAGGGGCAAGCCUAAACUGCGCCAGAUGCUGGAGGAAGCGGGGAGUUAUGAUGACCAUGAUAAUGGAGGUAUAUCAGGUUAAAUGCGGUGGGUUAUGAAUACUAGCGUUGGAAUUCGGUGUCCAUGGCGAGAGGGCAGGUGAGGUCCCCGCCCCCGAAGGUCAGGCAGGUAGUCUGGGGGAAAUGCUUUCUGUUUGCUAGUUGGUGGAAAAGAUUUAACGGCCUUGCUUGAUGAGCAUAAUAUUCUCCUCUUUGCUUUCUGCUCGACCUCCAUCGCGUUUCACUUUGAAGUUUGUUGAAUGUAUGUACCAUACGCGAGAUACCUCGAUAAGGACGGGAAGGCUUAACUGGGCGAUGAGAUAAUAGUCCGUAUUGAAAUGACUUGUGAAAAUGAUCGGGUUU